CUCGGGCAUAUUUUGGACCAAUAUACAUUUAUUACUGAAAAACAAAUUAAAGCAACAAUUAAACGUUCGUUAAUUCUUAAGCAAUCAACAGAAUAUCUAAGUUUGAGGAAGGAAAUGACACUGUGCUUUAUUAGUUUUUAUUUAGUCAGUUGGUCAUCGUGAGUGCGCAAAAUUUAAACAGCUAUUGCUGUCAUCGUAAAAAUUCUAAAGAACUGUCACUAACAAUGAAUGAGCAAGAAACAAAUCAAAACCUUUCGACCCAAAAGGUUUUGUUGCCUGGCCAUGAUCCUGGAUGGAAUGAUCCUCCAAAAUGGGCAUACUCUGGUGCACAAAGUUCUGUGACUCCUACUAAAAGAGUAUUGAACAAACGGGUGGCAUUUCCAUUAGCAUCCACAAAAGCUAAUGACAAAGAACCUUUAUCUGAAACUAAAACAUUGAACAUGCCACCUCUGGUACAGUCUUCUUCUAAUUUACCACCGGCAUCAAACAAAGUAGUAGAUGUUGACAUUAGUGAUAUAAAAAUUGACAAGGAAAAGACAUUAUCUAAUGUCUUGGAAAACUUGGAUACUGUGAUUAAUGAACACAUAUUGGAAAAAAACAGGGUAGAAGAAGUGAGAAAAAGAUUAGAUGUAUUGAAAUCUAUGUGGCUUGAAGACAAAUUAAAUAAUGUGAUAUAUAAAAAUAUUUUAGAUUUAUCAGCAGCUUUGCGAGAAGGAGAUAUUCAAAAAGCUGAUCAAAUACAUGUUUCACUAAUGAUGCAGCAUGCUAGCUUAUGUAGUUCAUGGAUACCUGGAAUUAGGCAUAUUAUUUUAGAAUUGAAAACCAAAACAGAUACUUCCAGUGCAAUACAAUCUUAAGACUCAGAAUCAUAUUAAUUUUCUGUGAAAAAAAAUAAUUGCUAUAUUCAUAAAAUGUCAUUAAUAUAUUUGUUUGUGCAAAUUAUUUUAUGGUAUUAGUAUUAUCUUUGAUUGUGAUACAAAUUUUAUGAAAUUAAAAAUUUUAUUUCUUU